GGCCGUCGCGAGGCUCCCUGGGGUACACGGGCCACUGUCCCAUGCUGGUGGUGGUCGGUGUUUGAAAGCUGCCUUCUCCCCGGUCUGCUGAGUUUCAGCAGCUUGGACACAGCGGCUCCAGUGCCCGCCACUUUCCUGGAUACGGGCGUGUCGGACAUGUGACCCUGCUCUCACUAACUUGUUGGGGUUUUUUUUUUCAGCUUUUGAACAUGUCAAACUACAAGGAGAAGUUUUCGACUUUGCUCUGGCUUGAGGAGAUUCAUGCAGAAAUAGAACUGAAAGAGUAUAACAUGAGUGGGGUCACCUUGAAAAGAAAUGGGGAUUUGCUGGUUCUGGAGGUCCCAGGACUGGCUGAAAGUAGGCCUUCUCUGUACGCAGGUGAUAAGCUGGUCUUAAAAAGCCAAGAGUACAGCGGACAUGUCAUCGAGUACAUCGGCUAUGUGGUUGAGGUGAGAGGCGCGCCUGCUCCGCUAGUGCUGGGCCAGCCCUUCCGGCCCGUCGGGGGUCACCUGCCCACCCUGGCUGGGGCAGAGGCACUUCCUCAGGCUUUGACGGUACUUCAGAAGAUGCAGGAUGAAGUAAAUACUUAAAUAAAUUUGAUGCAGAAAGAGAA